AUGCCGUACGAAUCCCGCUGGACAGUCGACAUCCCCGACUGCUCUCUACCGACAUUCCUAUUCAAAUCCCCCUCUGCACCGCUAGGGUCGAAACGAUCUUUCUCAGAUGCCGCCCGUCCCGAGACUCACUAUCUGACCCGCAACUCGUUCCGUCUGUGGUCGCAGCGAUUUGGUCUUGGUCUACGACGGUCGCCACACUUCCGCAAGGGCGACCGCGUUCUCUUGUUCAGCAGCAACGACAUGUUCGUGCCCGUUGUGUUCAUGGGAAUCCUCUGCGCGGGGGGCAUCUUCACCGGUGCGAACCCGACCUUCACCCCUCGCGAACUGGCCCACCAACUGCGCGACUCGGGAGCGACCUACCUCCUCUGCGCCGACGGCAGCAUCGACACGGGCAUCGAGGCGGCCAAACUUGCCGGUCUCGACGCGGACCGCGUAUUCGUCUACAAUGCGCAUAUCUACGAUGGUCCCCAGCCGCCGCUCAAGGGUUGUCGGUACUGGGGCGACCUGGUGGCUCCCGCAGAGGACGCCAGGGGUUUCGCGUGGGACGACCUGACAGGGCCCGGGGAAUGCGACACGACGCUCGCGCUCAACUACUCUUCCGGAACCACGGGUUUGCCCAAGGGCGUCGAGAUCACGCAUCGAAACUACGUCUCCAACUUGAUCCAGGUGACGCUGAUAUCGCAGCUACACCCCGACUACGAGGCUCGCAACGCCCGCGCGAUCUGGCUUUGUUUCCUGCCCCUGUACCACGCGUACGGACAGACGUUUUUCGUGGCAGUGUCGUUCCAUCGUCAGGUCCCCGUGUACGUCAUGCCCAAGUUCGACUUUGAGAAGAUGCUAGAGUACAUCCAGCGGUUCCGGGUGACGGAUCUGGCUCUCGUGCCGCCCAUUGCCGUGCUACUGGCCAAACAUCCGGCCGUGGACAAGUACGACCUGAGCAGUGUGGAGACGGUCGGCAGUGGUGCGGCCCCCUUGGGUAGGGACGUAUGCGCGCAGGUUGAGAAGAGGUUGGGGAGAGGUAUCAAUUUGAAACAAGGAUGGGGGAUGACUGAAUGCACAUGUUCCCUUUUAGGCUGGGACAUUAUGGCAACCUCGACGUCGGCGGCCGUGGGCGAACCCAACGCCAACUGCUCGGCGAAAAUCGUGUCUGAAGAAGAGGGAGGAGAAGGCGACGACGACGGCCAUCGAGAAAUCACGUCCCGCGGGCCCCAGCACGUCGGGGAACUGUGGUGUCGCGGCCCCAACGUCAUGAAGGGGUACUGGCGCAACCCCAAAGCCACGGCCGAGACGCUGACGCCCGACGGCUGGCUCAAGACAGGGGACAUGGCCUACGUCGACGAGGCCGGCAUGUUCCACAUUGUCGACCGGAAGAAGGAACUCAUCAAGGUCAAAGGAAACCAGGUCGCCCCCGCGGAGCUGGAGGCGUUGCUUCUCGAGCACGACGCCAUCGCCGACGCCGCCGUCAUCGGCGUCCCGACCGAGGAUGGCGACGAGGCUCCCCGGGCCUUCGUGGUGCGCCAGCCCGGAAAGAACGUGACUGAGGACCAGGUCAAGAAGUUCGUCGAGGCCAAGGUCGUCAGGUACAAGUUCCUCAAGGGUGGCGUGGAGUUUGUGGAUGCCAUACCCAAGAAUCCCAGUGGGAAGAUUCUGAGGAGACAGAUCAGAGAUGGCGCGAGGGAAAAGCUACGGAAGGAGAAGGCUCAGAAGAGUGCAAGACUAUAG